UAUGGAGAAAUAAAAGAAAAAUUGUAUCCAUUGCUUCCAACUUUGUCCAACAUUAACAGAGAAUCAAUAAAGCCACACUCGCUGUACGUUUUCACUCAUAGAAACCGCUAUCACAGCCAUCACUCUCAUUCAAUCUGCUCCGCCACAGCCCAAACAUGUGCUCCACCACCUCUCUCUUACUACUCAUUUCCCUCUCAAAACUCCUCACCGCCGCCGUGGCCCACUUCCAACCUUGCACCGACGACUUCCUCAAGCUAACCGAGCCUCGAAACCUCUCCAACUGCAAGCCCCUCCACACCCUCAGCGCCGAGUUCGCUUGGCAGAUCCGCGACUCCACCACCCCUAACUCGUCAACCUCCCCGCCGACUUCAAUCAUCGACAUCGCAUUCGGCACGCGGCUAACCGAGGGCCUGGUCUGGCUCGCAUGGGGAGUCAACCCGGGGAAGAUGGCCAAAAUGGUCGGAACCAGGGCCCUGAUCGGGAUCGUCCAAACCAACGGCUCGCUGGCCGUUGCGGCUUACAACGUCACCCGGCAGGCCAAGAUGUUCUGCGGGCUGAACCCGUCGGUUGAACCGGACCCGCUCGUGGGGUUCCGCGACCCGCGGUUCGAGUACCGACAGGAUUAUGAUUACUACGUCAUCCAUGCCACGGUGGCGGUUGCGAAGAAGGGGGAACAGUUGAGGCUGAACCACGUCUGGCAGCUGGGAUACGACGCCGUUGGGAUGUCGCCCAGGAUGCACCCCACUACGUUACAGCAUUUCGAUAGCACGGAGACUUUGAAUUUGGUUACUUCUCAGUCCACCGACUUCGGCCAUCUCCAGCGUCACCUCAGAAUGGUGCAUGGGGUAUUGAGCAUCAUCGGAUGGGGAACAUUGCUGCCGGCGGGGGCGAUAAUGGUGAGGUAUCUCCGGUACCCAUUCCAGGUACAGGAACACUGGUGGUUUUACCCUCACCUCACUUGCCAAGUCGUCGGAUACAGCCUCGGCACCGCCAGCUGGAUACUUGGCUUGUACCUCGGAAAAGCAUCAAAUCGCUAUAUCUUCAAAACCCACCGCCUCUACUCCAUCUUCAUCUUCACCUUUGCUACUUUACAGAUGUUGGCGAUAAAGUUAAGACCGUUGUCCACGGACCGAUACAAGAGGUACUGGAACAUGUACCACCAUUUCAUGGGAUACGGUCUGCUGUCGGUGAUCGUGAUCAACAUAUUCCAAGGCAUUGGGAUCUUGAGACCAGCGUACAGUUGGAAAUGGGCUUACGUCGGAAUCCUGGCGGCACUGGGGAUCGUCGUUCUCGCUCUUGAGACGUACACCUGGAUCAAAUUCUUCCGACCCGACCCGCACAAGAAUGCCCAUGCGGCCGCCGACGACAGCGUGAAUAACCCACAUCCUUCUGACGAUAAUAUUGUGAACCGAAACUCCAGCCAGAAGCCGGACUCUAGCGCCGUUGGGCCGUCGCCGAGCUCUGCCCCGUCGCCGGCCGGGUCCAAUAUAUUAUAAAUAAUUUAGAUAAAUAUAUACAAGUGUGUGUGGACUGUGGUCAGCCAUUGAUUUUUGGAUGGAUGAAGUGUACGCAUUGAUUUGUUGUCUUUGUUCCUUUUUUUGGAAUGUGGUCUGGAAUGUUAGCUCUCGUUGAAGGCAAACUGACUACUAUUGUUUGAUAAAAACCC